UUGCUUACAUGCGCUAUCAUUUGUUUGCUUCAGAUAACAAAACAACUGGAAAUGCAUCUCUUUCACUCUCUCCAUAUUUUAAUGGUUACGGCAACCAUUGGAACAGUAGCUGCAAAUGAACCAGCAUGUUCAAGAUUUGACUACGAGGAGAAACUAUUAGCAAAAGUAGUAAGAAUGGAGAUUAAAGUUGAACAAAUGGUUGAGGAGAUAAAGAAAACCAAAGACAGCGCGAUGUCUACAACUACGGAGAUAGCACAGCGAGUGGAAACUGUUGAAAAUUAUACCACCCAUCUUCGGGAAGAUAUCAAAAGCGUCGUCGCGGAUACACAGGAAAAACUUAAGGCCACUAGAUUAGCGGAGAUACCAUCGGUUCCAGUCGUGGCUUUCAACGUUCGUCUUUCGAAGUCAGUCACUGUGAGUACGAAUGGCAUUGUCAUUUUUGAUACUGUCUUACUUAACGAAGGUGAAGGCUAUAACGCAGCUACCGGUAUAUUCACGGCACCACACAACGGACUUUACUACUUCGCAGCCCAUGUAUGCAACAGAGGUAAUAAGCCUGUACAAUACGCAAUAAUUGUCGAAAAUAAUCAGAUAGCAACUAGUUCACAAUAUGAUAAUGACAGUGUUUACAGUUGUAGUUCUGUGACCACCGUUGCCAUAGUAAAGUUUGCAGAACGAGUGUGGAUUAAAAGUUUAAUAAGUUCGUCAGACAUUUACUACGACAAUUACAGAUGGAAUUCAUUCGUAGGUGCACUUUUGAACAAAUGAAUAUUUUAUACCUUGAACCGGGUUUUCCUUCGUAACGUAUAUUUGUAUAAAACAGCGCAAUUAAACUGUUUAAAACAGUUCGUGUUGUAUAUUCUAGCAUUUUGUCGAUUUUAGGAGAAUAAACGUGAGUUAAAAGAGAGAUUUCUCACUCUCACGCGCUGUACAUAAGCAUGUUCCGUGGCAAAGCGUAAACAUACGAAAUUUUACAUCAACAUAAUGGAUAAUUUAAAAGGAAAUGACUGGAACUUGAUCAAACAAUGCUGACAUUCCCUAGCAUGGACAUUUAAUGACAUUGAUGGACAAUAUAUUCAUUUUAGGGAGUCUUUUUACAUAUGGUAUGCUGGAAUAGCGUUACGCAUGAUAAUAUCUGCUUGAGCACUAACCAGUUCCUCUUAGUUCUAUAGACGUUAUAUCAUGAAAAAGUAUGCGUUAUCCUAUACCAGCGUAUACAUCGUGAUGCUCUUUCUAUACAGAUGUGCUCAGAUAUUUAUUUAUCAAUAGGGACGGAUAUAGUUCAUCAGAAAAAAAAAGUACCGGUACCUCUGACAGAUUUAUUAAGCUUUUAAUCAAGUAAAUUGGAUAAUUUUAUGUGUAAUCUAAACAGUAACCAUCUCGGAGUUUAGAAUUAAGCAGUCUAUUCAACAUAUUCUAUAUUAGGAUUUUAAAGUCAUUUGAACCAUGCCUGUUAUGUAAAGGUUCCUGAAAGUGACUGGAUUUACCUUCAUAACUAUUGUCGUUUAGUAGCGUAUGGCAGUCUUAAAAGGUCGUCCCGAACUUACAUUAGUGUUAUUAUUAUUACUCAUACUUUGGGGUUUCUGAGUUCAUUCAAAAAUAUUCUACAAUUAUACUAUU